UACGUUAUUUCCAUUUGGUCAUUAUUAUGCAACCGAUAAUAACUAGAUAAAUGUUGACCUAUGGCAUUGAAGCUAAAAUCGAAAAACAGCUCCGAUACAUUUAUUUUAAAAUCACUUCGUUUUGGAUCGUCUUUUAAGAAAAUCGCUUUUUCUGUGCCGAAAAAUGUCUUCCGUUCAAGGAAAAGUUCUCUCCGGAACUGACGUUUCUAGGGAAAUGCGAGAAGAAAUGACCAAAGAUGUUCAAAAAUUAAGAGAAACUAUUCCCGGAUUUCAACCUGGAUUGGCGAUUGUUCAAGUUGGUGGUCGUGAAGACUCGAAUGUUUAUAUUCGAAUGAAAAUUAAAGCUGCGACUGAAAUUGGAAUAAAAGCUGAACAUAUAAAAUUACCUAGAACAAUAACUGAAAUUGAACUGUUGAAUAAAUUAGAAAAAUUAAAUGGAGACCCAAAAGUUCAUGGAAUUAUUGUUCAAAUGCCUUUAGAUUGUGAUACCAACAUUAAUUCUCAUUUAAUAACAGAUUCAGUUUCACCAGAUAAGGAUGUUGAUGGAUUAAAUACCAUCAACGAAGGAAAAGUAGCUAUUGGAGAUUUAACCGGAUUUUUACCAUGCACCCCAAAUGGAUGCAUUGAACUUAUUAAAAGAUCUGGAGUUAAAAUCGCAGGUUCCAACGCUGUUGUUUUAGGCAGAAGUAAAAUUGUAGGAACCCCUGCUGCCGAAUUAUUAAAAUGGCAUCAUGCCACCGUCACCGUGUGUCAUUCAAAAACGUCCGAUUUAAAAGAACAAUGCAAAAAAGCUGAUAUUUUGGUUGUUGGAAUUGGAAAAGCUGAAUUGGUCAGAGGAGAUUGGAUUAAACCAGGUGCUGUUGUUAUUGAUUGUGGGAUAAACGCAAUUCCAGAUUCAACUAAGAAAUCAGGGCAACGUCUUGUUGGAGACGUAGCUUAUGCAGAAGCUGAACAAGUAGCUUCACACAUAACACCAGUUCCCGGGGGCGUAGGACCAAUGACUGUAGCAAUGUUAAUGAAAAACACAGUCUUAAGUGCUCAAAGAGCCGCAACAAAACUUUUAGAACCUUCUUGGAAUUUCCGUCCGCUUUCUUUACAUUUAAAAAGACCCGUCCCAACUGAUAUUAAAAUAGCUCACGAACAAGAACCAAAAAAUGUUAAUCAAUUGGCCGAAGAAAUUGGUUUAUAUCCCAAUGAAUAUUCACUUUACGGCAAUAAAAAAGCAAAAAUUUCUUUUGCAUCCGUUUUAAAACGGUUGGAAUCGCAAAAAGAUGGAAAAUACAUUGUUGUUGCUGGAAUUACUCCUACACCACUUGGCGAAGGAAAAAGUACAACAUCUAUAGGGUUGGUUCAAGCUUUAGGGGCGCAUAAAAAUAAAAAUGCUUUUGUCUGUUUAAGACAACCAUCUCAAGGGUCUACAUUUGGCAUUAAAGGUGGUGCUGCUGGUGGUGGUUAUUCUCAAGUAAUCCCAAUGGAAGAUUUCAAUCUUCAUCUAACAGGAGAUAUUCACGCCGUUGCAGCAGCUCAUAAUUUAUUAGCUGCCCAAAUGGAUGCAAGAAUCUUCCAUGAAGCGACACAAAAAGAUCAAGAUUUAUAUAAUAGGCUUGUUCCGACAAUAAAAGGGGUUCGCAAAUUUAGUAAUAUUCAAUUGAGAAGACUUGAAAGGUUGGGUAUUAAAAAAACCGAUCCAAAUGAUUUAACAGAUGAAGAAAAAGUGAAAUUCGCCCGUUUAAACAUCGAUACAAAUAACAUCGUUUGGAAUCGCGUAGUUGACAUAAACGAUCGUUAUUUAAGAAAAAUUACAAUCGGACAAUCGCCAACUGAAAAAAAUCUUACUCGGGAAUCUAGUUUUAUGAUUACAGUAGCUAGUGAAAUAAUGGCCAUUUUAGCGAUAUCAAAAGAUUUAACUGAUUUUAAAACACGUCUUAGCAAAAUGGUUGUUGCUUUUGAUAAAAAUAAUAAGCCGGUUACUGCUGAUGACUUAGCAAUGACCGGAGCUUUAAGUGUUUUAAUGAAAGAUGCUAUUGAUCCAACAUUAAUGCAAACUUUAGAAGGAACGCCAGUUUUAGUUCAUGCCGGACCGUUUGCGAAUAUAGCCCAUGGUUGUUCUUCAAUAAUCGCUGAUCAAGUCGCUUUAAAAUUAGUUGGUGAAAAAGGUUACGUUGUCACAGAAGCUGGAUUUGGUUCCGAUAUCGGAAUGGAAAAGUUCUUUAACAUCAAAUGCAGAGCUUCUGGUUUAAUCCCAAACGCAGUUGUUUUAGUCGCAACUAUUCGUGCUUUAAAAAUGCACGGAGGUGGACCUGCAGUGACUCCAGGAGCUCCAUUAAAACCGGAGUAUACUCAAGAAAACAUUCCUCUCUUAAAGAAUGGAUUACAAAAUUUAAUUAAACAUAUUAAUAAUGGAAAUAAACAUGGUGUUCCUGUAAUUGUAGCGAUAAAUAAACAUGCUACUGAUACCGAUGGCGAACUUGAAUUAGUUAAAGAGGCUGCUGUUAAAAAUGGAGCUUUUGAUGCUGUUGUUUGUAAUCAUUGGGCUGAAGGAGGAGCUGGAGCUGUUGGUUUAGCCGAUGCGGUUAUAAAAGCUUGUGAAACUCAAAAUUCAUUUAAAUUUUUGUAUGAUGUUAAUAUGGGAAUUGAAGAAAAAAUUUUCGCUAUAGCUAAAGAAAUGUAUGGAGCUGGAAAUGUCGAGUAUUCUGAAAAAGUUAUGGAAUCUAUUAAGAAAUACACUGAACAAGGUUUUGAUAAACUUCCAAUUUGUAUGGCAAAAACGCCUCUAUCAUUAACUGGUGAUCCAACAAUUAAAGGCGCACCAACUGAUUUUACUUUAAAAAUUAAUGAUAUUUCAAUUUCUGUUGGUGCUGGAUUUAUUAUUCCAAUUUGCGGAGAGAUUACAAGAAUGCCAGGACUACCAACCAGACCUUCAAUUUUCGACAUUGAUUUAAAUACAGAAACUGGAGAAAUUGAAGGACUUUUUUAAAAAUUAUAUAAUAAUGUUGACAUAAUUUUAUAAUGUAUUUUAUAAGAAAUAAAAGUAUAAAAA